AUGUCCGAAGAAAAAAAGGGUACAAGGAAAGCAGCUGGUUGGAAAUUUGAGUUUCCUCAAGUUCGUAACGGUCUAAAAGUCAAAACCCGACUCCUCAUCCGCCAUUGGGACCCCGGCAACCCGGCUUUUGACCCGCCAACCCUACGCGAAUACGUCAAUAAGAUUAACGAAUAUCGCGGGGAUGACCUCGAAGCUCUCCUAUCCCUUCUACCAGCUAUUGGUGUUUUAGUCGACUCUAUUCCGUGGACACUGCCAAUUUUUGAAGCACUUUAUCUACAUUGCGAAGAGCGACAAUUUUUUGAUGCCAAGCAAAGAACAGCAGCCUUGCAAGCUCCAGACGUUUUCUCCCGGAUUGUUUGGUGGGUCGCCUACUUAGAACAAAGCGAAAAGGAUGGAAAAUCAUGCCCUAAAACGUUGCCUAGUUUGGAGUCGCAUGAGAGACCAUUGGCCGCACUUCUUGGAGUGAUAGCUAGAAGGUAUCCCGCAAUAUUAACUCGUGCUGCAUCGGAUAAACGACAGCUUGAAUUAAGCCUGGAAAGCCUCGGAUGCCAUGGACUGGUGAAUUCAUCAAAAGGAUUGAUACGAAUUGAAGAUGCCUCAAAACACGAGAUGAGUCGAAAGGAAGACAAACUGAAAUCCAAUAUCAAUGAAUUAAAGGAAAUUACAGAAAAGAGUAAUGAAAACAAAGCUUCGCCUAGCUCCGCUUCACACCAGAGACAAAUGCAACUGAAGUUAUCAGAGAUUAGCGUGCGUCUCCAGCACAACGAGGGGGUAGAAAAGCUAUUGGCCGAAGCGACGUCGAAUAAUCACCUAACUUCACUUCUUCGAAUUGCUCGAAAACGGGUGGCUUCGGAUCGGUUGUUGGUCGGGCUUUUUAAUGCGUUUAAACGGGCUGCUCCCACAAAUUUUCAAAUUGAUUCGACGGAUCCUGUGAUUGCCGAGAUUAUUGUUAUAUUUAAUGCCGCGUAUGAAAAGCUCCUCCACAUUGCCAGCUACCAAGAUUACGAUAGCGGAUGCUCAAAUGAAAGCGGAAGUGAGCCAGGCACAACCGCAACUCCAAAUUCAUCAGACUCCAUCCAAAUCUCAACAGCCAUCUCAUCCACAAGCCUAGCAUCAGAAUCCGGCGAGAUGAGGAGAGUUCAUGAAUAUCCUAUUCGUAAUUAUCAUAAUCCAAAUCCGGAUGAUACGUUACGAUUGAGGUUGCAUAUCGAUCACCUUAAAAAUGAACUAACCAAUGCAAAAGCUCAAGUGGAGCACCUGAUGAAAAAUAGUGUCGAGCGACAUUCAGAAAGACUCUGGCCAGAACCCGAUUACCCAGAAGCAACCAGCUACUACAACUGCUCCUCCCAAGAAGACGUUCGGGCCUUGAUUCAGCGAUUUUCAGACCUAUUCGAUAAGGACAAAGGUGACCUAAUGGCAACCUUAAAUUGUCUUCCGGAAUUCCGGGGCUCAGAAGAAUUGCAGAUGAAAACGAUUCUAUCGGUUGCAGUGCUAACCUAUCGUUCGGUCCUUGAAUCUGUUUUAAUGCGCCUUAAUAAAAUAUUCGAUGUUAUAGAAGAAGGCGAAGAAAAGAAGGAGAACGAAGAGGCUAACAUGCUGGAAGUAGCGCUGUACCGGCAUAUGUAUCGGAGAGCGAAGAGUCAACACGGGAUGAGUAAUGCAAAGGAAGUUACUACCCAGAUUUGGCAUACUCUUUAUGAUUUUCCAUCUUUAAAGACGUGUACAAGGUUCAAUAGAUUCGUUCUGGAAUGUGUAGAUGUUUGCUGGGAUUUAGUAGCUGGUAUUGACGGCCGGUAUCCUAGAAUGAGAAUUGAAUACGAGGCCACGUUGUUCGAUUCCGAAAAGCAUACCAGAUUCGAGGCCUCCGACCCGAGUCGAACGCAAAUCCGUUCGGUACUAUGGCCAGGGCUCCGGGAUCAGAAUACAAAUCGGGUGUUGCUGAAAGCUGUCGUGUUGACC